GGUAAUAAGUAACUAAUUAUCAAAGUGUCCAUAAGGGGUAAUAAUAAUAAUAGCCAACAUAUUUGAAGUUUGCAAAAUGCUGUACCUAUGUUCUGUCAUUUAAUCCUCACAACAGCCCUCUGGAGUAAAUGCACCUUAAGCCCUAUUAUACAAAGAGAAAUAUGUCUCAGAGAACUUGCCCAGGGUCACGUGGCUAGGAAAUGUCUAAGGUGGGAUUCAAAUCCAGGUCUUCCUGAUCCCAAGUUCAGCACUGUCUACAACCACCACACAAUGGGAAGAUGUUUUAGCCAAGAUUUCACAUGUAGUCUAAGAGUCACUAAGAUGCCCACUUUUAUGUGGCCGUGGAAGAGAAAACAAAACAUAGGUUUAUUAAUCACUUAUGUGCUCAGCACUUUAUAACUGUUCUCUCAUUGAGCUUUGUCUUGGGAACAUGACAGGAGCUUCGCCCCUUUCUUUCUAGGCAGCUCCUUGAAUCCAUCUCACUUUUUCUGACACACUAUUUAACAUGCAGAGCAGACAUCUGGCACUUGAGAAAUACAAAGCAGCAAGAUCCUUACCUACGCUGACAUUUAGUGAAGUGUGGUGAUGAAUGCAUUGUGUUUCUCUACAAGAGUACCACCACUUGCUUCUUUCCAAUGAAAAAGAAUAAGCAAUCUUGAAAUUUUUGAGACUGUUUAAAAUUGAGCAGGUCUGUGCUAAUGGUUUAAGUGGGGAAUAAGCCAAGGACUCCCUUUUCCCUUUUACACUAGCUGGAAGCUCUUAACUGGCAUACUUUUGUUAGGGUCCUGGUCUUGUCAACGUAAAAGACCACAUUAAAGCUAUUUAACUAGAAAAGGUAAAAGGAUGUCAUUUGUACCACCAGUUCCCAAAGUGCAGAUUAAAAACUUCCCACACUACUGAAGUAUUUCCGUUUAUCCUAUUCAUAUGCCACUAUUUUACAGGUGAGGAAAAUGGAGCAUUUGGAGGUUCUGACUUGCCCAGGGUCACAUAGCUAAGAAGAGUCAGAGGCUGGUUUUGAAAGACCUUUGACAAUUGUUCCUGUUUCUGUAUGGCUGUUGUAAUCCCGGGCACGUGACAAGUCUAGCACCUUGAGAAUUUCCUGGUUGAGUUGAAAUUGGAAGGCUUUUAGAGAAUAUGCUUCACAACUCUUGUCAUUUUACAAAUAAGCCAAGUUGGUGGAAAUUUUGAUUUCACUGUUACAAGGGAUUUUGUGGCAAAGCUAAAGUUUGAAUGCAGGUCUUCUGGCCCCAUUCCUUUUUGCUAAAAAUCAUAAGCAAAUCUGAAGCAAUAUAAAAAAAGUUUCUUGCCAUAAAGGGUUUAUAAAGUCUAGCUGAGGAAUGGGUAACAGUACUAGAUGGUAGGGGCAGCUAGUUCAGGUCUAAAGUCAGGAAGACUCAUCUUCCUGAGUUCAAAUCUGCCCAGACAACUAGCUGUUACUCAGGGUAAGUCGCUUAACCCUGUUAAAACCUGAGUUUCCUCACCUGUAAAAUGAACUGGAGAAGAAAAUGGCAAACCACUCCAGUCUCUUUGCCAAGAAAACCCCAAGUGGGAUCAUUGCAACGAGUGAAAAACAGGUUAAGUAUACCAUAUUUAUUUACAAUCUCAUAACCACACUGUAAACUCCAUUUGGAAACAAGCAAGACUGCUGGUUAGCAAGCUCAUGAAAGUCAAAUCGUGGAUUUUCAGAUCGUCAACGCUGGUGUAAUAACAUGCAGAGCACGUGUUUUUAUUUUGUACUAUGGAUGGUUUGUACUUUUAAUGGUUUGGGAGAGUUACAGAAUCUUCAUUUCAUAGUGUCAAAAGUUGUCAAGUCUGUAGCUUCGUAAGCACUUUUUUCCCCCAUAAAGUAUUUUUAAAUUCGUUGCCUUCAAUAUCUGUCCUCCAGCUUGUCUUCGAAGCAACAGUUCCGUUCAGGUAGCCAUGGCUCAUAUUGGUACAGUCCUUUAAAGUUUGCAAAGCAUUUUCCUCACCACAGCCCUUUGAGGUAGGUAAGUGCAAGCACAUCCCAACUGUAUGGAGAAAACUGGCUCAGCAGUGAACUGAUCUGUCCAGCAGAGGUGGCUCGAAUCCACGUCUCUUGGCCAAGUCCAGCGCCCUUUCCUUUCAUGAAUGCUCCUCCAAGGGAGGGUACUCUUUUCCCCCAACUACCCCCACUCCCACCUCACCCCACUAAGCUGCGAGGCACAGGGCAAGAAAACAAAAGCGAGGGAGAAUGGAAUAUAUUUGCCUUAGUUCCAGCAAUUUCUCAAGGAAGCAAGAAUUCAGUCAUUGUCUGCCGGAUUGUCUUAAAAAGCCAAACUACGAGUAAAAGGCUUCCAGCUGUUAAGAAAUGUCUCUAUCUCCUGGGAAGAGUUGUCCAUCUGUGACUGCCACUUCCACCACAAGUGCACUCUCUCAAAACUCUCUUUUGGACCCUCUUCACAGAGAUUUCUCCAACUCCCUCUAUACCAGAAAUUCCAGUCUAUCUCAGGGAAUUGGACUUCGAUGAGGUCCCUUCCAGCUCCACAUACUAUUGACCUUAUGAUGUUGCACAUAAUUUCCAGGAGGGAGAAUCCGACAUGGAAGAAAUUGACCACUCAGACUAAUUGCUUAGUUGCAGCUGGGUCUGUGGUGUGGAAGGCAGUUUUGUGGGCACCCGUGGCAUGCCAUCCUGCCUCCCACUUCUGAGGGAGCUACAGUUACAGUGUCUUUACCUCUCAAGCUGGGCCAUGGUAAAGCCCUGGCUGCCGCUUCUCCUGAUCCUGGAGACACCAGCUCUUCCCACAGGUGUGUAUACUGCUCCUUUCCCAUCAAUGGCUCCCCCACUCACCCUGUUGGUAGAUGGGAAACAGAAGACACUGGUCAUCUGCCUGGUUUUUGAUGUCUCUCCUUCAUUUGUGGAUGGCUCCAUCUGGUUCUCAUCUGGCAAUGGCACCACCUUGGAUGCCUUCACUUAUGGCCCCUCACCAGCUGGAGAUGGCACCUGGAGCAGCCUGGCCCAGCUUUCCCUUCCUGAUGAGGAGCUGGCUUCCUGGGAACCUCUAGUCUGCCACACAGGGCCAGGCUGGCAGGAUCAGGGCCCACGCACCCGUCCUCUUCAGCUAUCUGGUAAGCCCAUGAGAGAAAAGUGCCAGCAGGAGCCAACCACUGGACCACACAGCCUCUUGCAGACACUGAUCCUAGGGGCCAUUCGGCUCAUCCUCUUCAAGCUGCUUAUAUUUGAUGUGCUGAUGACCUGUAGCCAUCUCCGGGCUCUGGGGAUCACAGCCACAAACAGUACUGACCUUGGGAACCAACCUAGGAGGUCAAGGAUCUAACUGCUGGGACUGAGGGUCAACAUGCAGAAAUUCCUUCCCUCCUGACCCCACCAGAUGAAGAUGUUGCUGGAUCUUGGCCAAACAAGGGAAGAACUUUGAGCCCAUUAUUGGGGGGCUGAUGGAUGGGUAUUCUAAGUACAUGACUGCCUCAUCUUUACCUUAUGGGAACAAGUGGUCUGAUGAUAUUGUUCCCUAUAGUUGGAACAAUCUCCAUUUCCAGACACCAGACUAAUCACUCCUCCCUUUUAAAGUCCUAGUCAGGAUCAACAUCUUCUAUGAAGCCCUCUUGAAUGAAAUAUAGGAGGUAUCAAAUGUUUCCCCACCUAAUGUUUAUCUCUAUGUUCAAUAUGUACAUGUUGCACUCAACUUGGCUGGGAAAUCAACUCUGUAAUUUCUCAUACUUGAGAAGUCUACGUGCCCCAUCAGGCUUCAAGCUCUCUGAGGUCAGGGCCCAAGUCUCUUCCAUCACACCAAGAGCACUCCUAGAGCUUCAGCUUUUAAGAAGUCCCCAGCCUGGAAUAAAUACACAGUCACAGAUAGAUGCGUAGAAGACACACAUGAAAGAGCAGAAGAUUAAUUAAAUACAUAAUGGAAUGUAGCAGCCCUCAGGAACUGUCAAAGAGUGGGAGUGGGACCAGGAUAGACACCUGCUAGUCAGAACAAAAAAUAUACAGCAUGCCUUGACCCCAUGACUGAAUGGGUUGAGACAGUGUCUAAAAAGCUAGUCUAUCUCUCAUCCUAAGGGGUUAGGGGAGCAUACGUCUUAGAGAGGUAAGAUGUGAGAAAAGUGCGAGGAUGAAAGUCUGGCAAGGAGGAGGCUGGAGUCUUAAGCUGCCACACUGUCUCACCCAAGCCAUCACCACCCUGAGCUGGACCUAGUGUCACUGCUGGGGCAGGCAAGCAGAGCGGCUUCCUUUAAGCAUCACAGCAUCAAAGAGGUGGUGGUCCAGGGAUGGAGAAGAGAAGGCUUUAACACUGAUACAAAGGGGAAUAUGACCAGGGCUGAGCAGAAGCCACAAAGAACAAACACAGAGUUCCCUACCCACUUUGCUGCUAAGACAGAACUGAUGAUUUUUACUCUCCUAUUCCAUUCUCUCAACCUCUCAAGGGAGAGAUGAGCUUGCUUCCUAAUUUGUUUGAAAAGAAACUUGUUUCUCUGAGAUAAUAAAUUCACUGAGUUACUGA